ACUACCGAUUAAACCUAAAGAUCCUUUUAUGAAUUUGACCUUUUGAGCUUAUGCGAAACAACUUGUUCUCACUUUCUCUCUUGCCGGAUUUCUCUCUCUGGCCGCCGUUCUCUUUCUCUCUCGGUCACUCUCUGUUAGUGUUUCUGCUUUCUCUUUUACAACUUGUUUUUUUUUUGUUUUUUUUUAUUUGCUUAUUUAUUUGUUUAUUCAUUCAUUUUCUACCCAAUUAAAAUAAAUAAAAUAUUCUCCGAGAAGGAGGAGGAAGAGAAGAAAUAAAGCAGAGAGAGUGAAAGUAGUAGCAGCCGUAAGUCUCACUUCAAAACCCCAACUUAUGGCACUCUCCAACGCAACCCAAUUCACAACCUUCAAUCUUCUCAAUCCUCAAAAACCCACAAACCCUUUUCCUUCUUCCCAUGUUUCAUUCCCUUCACCCUCUCUCACCACCUUCAAACCCAUCACCGCCACCAUGUCCCAAAUUCACUCCUCCAACAACCUCCAACUCUCCACUUUAACAACUUUAUCACCACUUGAUGGCCGUUAUCGUGAAAAAGUUAAAGACUUGGCUCCUAUCAUGGGUGAAUAUGGUCUCAAUUACUAUAGGGUCAUUGUUGAGAUUAAAUGGUUGCUGAAGCUUUCUGAAAUUAGUGAAAUUGUUGAGGUUCCUGCUUUUAGUGAUGAUGCUAAAGCUUAUUUACAAGGUUUGAUUGAUGAUUUUAGUGUGAAUGAUGUUACGGAGAUUAAGAAUUUUGAGAGGAUUACUAAUCAUGAUGUGAAAGCUGUGGAGUAUUUCUUGAAACAAAAGUGCCAAUCAAAUGCUGAAAUUGCCAAGGUGCUUGAGUUUUUCCACUUUGCUUGCACUUCCGAGGAUAUAAAUAACCUUGCUCAUGCUUUGAUGCUGAAAGAAGCAAUGAAUUCUGUUAUUUUUCCUGUCAUGGAUAAAAUUAUCAAAGCUUUGUGUACAAUGGCCAAAGACAAUGCUCAUAUCUCUAUGCUUUCUCGCACUCAUGGCCAGCCAGCUUCACCAACAACUUUGGGGAAGGAAAUGGCAAUAUUUGCUGUGAGACUAAGCAGAGAAAGGAAGGAGCUGUCUCAGGUUGAAAUUUUGGGGAAAUUUGCCGGCGCAGUUGGCAAUUACAAUGCACAUCUUUCUGCAUAUCCUGAUGUUAACUGGCCUGGCAUUGCACAAGAGUUUGUACAGUCUCUUGGAUUAAGCUUUAAUCCUUAUGUUGCUCAGAUUGAAACUCAUGACUACAUGGCAAAGAUUUUUCAUUCAUUCAUCCAAUUCAACAAUAUAUUAAUUGACUUUGAUAGAGAUGUAUGGGGCUAUAUUUCUUUGGGCUACUUUAAGCAGAUCACUAAGGCUGGUGAGAUUGGAUCAUCAACUAUGCCUCACAAAGUGAACCCCAUUGAUUUUGAGAACAGUGAAGGCAAUUUAGGUGUGGCUAAUGGAGGUUUUUCUCAUCUAAGCAUGAAGUUACCGAUUUCACGUUGGCAGAGGGAUUUGACUGAUUCAACUGUCUUAAGGAACAUGGGUGUCAAUUUUGGUUAUUCUCUUCUUGCGUAUAAAAGCACACUUCAAGGAAUAGGGAAGCUUCAGGUCAAUGAAGCUCGCUUGAGCGAAGACUUGGACCAGUGCUGGGAGGUGCUUGCUGAACCAAUCCAGACGGUUAUGCGAAGAUAUGGUGUUCCCGAGCCUUACGAAAAGUUAAAAGCGCUAACAAGAGGGAAAGCAAUUACCAAAGAGAGCAUAAGAGACUUCAUUGAAGGCUUAGAUAUUCCACAUGAUGCAAAGACCUAUCUCUUAAAGUUAACACCACACACUUACGUUGGAUCAGCCGUUGAAUUGGCCAGAACUGUAGAACAUGAAGUGAACAAUAUUUUAAACUGAGGUAAUCUAGGAAACAAGUGGUUGAAACUCGAAACAUUCCUACAGAGAUUUUGAUUAAUUAGCGAGACUACUUUACUGCUUGUGCAAUUUUGUGACCUGAUAUCCUCACCAUCAAUGAUCGUCGGUCGGAAAACGAACCUUCGGAUAAGUUGUUCCAUUUUUGAAAAAAAAGGCAUGAUAUUCAGUUACUAUGAAAAACCACAGUGAUGUAGAAUGAUGUUGAGGAUUUAAUUUUUGACUGAUAGGUAAAUUGUAUCGUUGAAUUUGUAAGUUAGGCCUUGAUAAGAACAUAGGUCUGACAGAAGCAUAAAACUAGAAUGGCAGAAUUCUGACCAUAACAUUUUGUGAAUCGAUUCGAAAAUAACAGAAUUUCUGAAAUCAAUUUUCCAAA